ACCAAAGAGAGGAAGCAAGAACAGAGUAUAACAAAAAGGAAUCGCAGAAGAACAAAUUAAGAAUGAUGCACACCUGCAGAAAAAUAGGAAAAUCAAGACUUUAUUUCUUGAACCCCAAGUACAAGUUUCUGAUUUGCCUUUCUUCUUUGCUCUCUUUCUCCCUCUCGAUCUCUCCAAUAUUCCUUUUGAGCUUCACCAAUUUUCUCCCCUUCUCCCUCAAUUUUCUCCCUUUUUCGAUCUCCCCUCUCAAAGUCGAAGCUUCCCCUUUUAUACAGAAACAAGGAGAACCCAAACCCUUUUCUAAUUCUAAAUUCUUAUCUCAAUCCCUAAAAUUACAGAUAAUAAUCUAGCCCUAUUAGAAUUUGAAAUUCUAAAACUAAUCUAGUUCUUUGCACAUCUUCCCUCUUUUAAGGCUAGAUUCAUACCUUUAAAAUAUCAGGACUCCCAAUUUGAAUCGACUUCGAAAACUUCCUCUGCGACUCUUGAUAAGGGCUUCAAAUCCGAAAAUCUCUUCUUGUUUUGUUAUGAUCUAUCUAAACUUCAAGAAAAUAUGAAGCUACGGAGAAAGGCAUCUCAAUAUACUUUGGUUAAUGAUGUCCUAUACAAAAGGCCAUACUCAUUCCCCUUCCUUCACUACUUAACCCCAUACAAGGUUGAAUAUGCCUUCCACGAGCCUUGCUCCUUCACGCUCACUGCACCUCUGCACCCUCUGCUUACCGCGAGCCAGCCUUGCUCCACGCCCCCUUGCUUCCGUGACCGAGCCUUGCCUCCUGCACUCUAUGCCCCUGGCUCUUGCGCCCAGCCUUGUUCUACACUCUCCCCUCUGCAUUCCGUGCCUUCUACGCCCAAGAUCCCGUGCCUUCUCCGCCCAGAUCCCGUGCAAUCAUACCCCUACUUCCGGCAAUCAUGCUCCUACACCCCCUAUUGCUACAUCGAACCAGCCCUUGCUGCCUGCGCCCCUAUAUUGUUGCACCGAGCCUACGCCUCCUACACUAUGUGCCCAAUCCCGCGCCCCUACCUCCUGCAUGCUACAGCCAUACAGAAAAAACAACCAAUACCAGACAAAAUUGGCAUCAUUAGUGAUUGAUGGAGCAAGGCUUUUUCAUUUUUAUUUUACUUUGUUGUUUGGGUAUAUAUAUAGAGCAAAAAGUAGAGUACAAGGAGGUCGAUUGUUGAUUUUGGGUUUGGUUUUUGGGAGUUCUCCUUUUUGGUUUUUCUUUGUUGAUUCUUGGGUCCGAUUGGAGAGAGUUUUUCUUGUCUGUUUUUUCUUUUUCUUUUUUUGAGAGAGCAGUAGAGAAAAAAUUCCAAGGAGAAAAGGGAGGUUUCAGGAAGCUAAAAAAUAGAAAAAGGUUUUCUGUGGCGGGCAACGGCAAGAUUGUUGAGCUUCCAGAGGAGUUAUCGGAGAGUUAGCAUCUUCUGGGUUGUAUUCUCUUCAGUAAUUUCUCAUUAGAGGAAUUUUUGGGAAGAGCCGUGAGGGAGAAGAAGGGAGCUUGAUCCCGUGGGUGGGAUCCCUCCCUUUGGAUCUUAAUUUGCUUUUUUUUUUCCAAAAAUUUCGCCUUGUUUGAUUCUGAUUGCAGUAGAUUUUUGCUGUAUUGAAACUGUAUUAGAAGAUGAUAUUAUGAAUGAAAAAAUCAAACAUGU